AUGAAAACGGACACUGCUGCGGUGCACUGCACACGAGCAAGCUUCGCACAGUUCGCGCGCCAACGGUGUGCAGACUCACCGUGGGAGCUCCGAUCGAAGCGCGACCAUUUGGGGGGACCUGUGGAGUGGCUGGAGGCGACAUACAAUGUGUGUAGCUCAUUUGAGGGGUCCGCAAGCGUGGUUCUCAUCACAGUGUGCGUCCUUUUCAACGCCGACUUCGCCGUCCCACAGUUGGGCUUCUACAACUCUUCCGUCAUGAGCCUCGAGGGUCUGCGGAUGGCGGUGCCAAAUCUCACGUUUGUAAACGCACAGUCGACUGUGGAACCGGCCGAUGUGACGGGAGCUGUGCAUCGACCGCUCGUGAGCUUCUCAUGGAACCAGGAGCUGGGUCAGUACAUGUGGCUUGUGCAUCCCUGCGACACAGAAAACCUGCUUCGUUGCAGGCGAUACGAUGGUGAGCAAGGUGACGUGAUCAGCGUCUUUCUGCGCGCCAUGUCGGACUACUUCCCUUUUGCGCCACUGCUUGUACCGCGUGCUGGAGGAAAUUUCGAUACCGCGCGUACAUGA